UAGGAAGUUAGUUGUUCUUUCCUCCCUCCAGAAAAAAUACACUAAAAUGAUCAUCCCCGUUCGUUGCUAUUCGUGUGGGAAGGUUAUAGGGCACAUUUACGAGCAAUAUCAGGCUCUUCUCGACCAAGAUUACACCGAAGCGGAGGCUUUGAAUGCCUUGAAUUUAGAGCGGUAUUGCUGCCGUCGGAUGAUUCUUGCCCAUAUCGAUCUCGCGGAUGAUCUCAUACCAUACAGCGCUCCUGUGGUGGGUACGAUGCCGUUGAUGACUCCGCUCCAAACCCCAACUCCUCAUCGCCGUUAG